AGUGCUAAUUGUGUGGCGAGUGUUGUAUACAUACGACGAGUGAUAUCGACACCAAAACACACCACAAGUCGUAUCAAUGAAAGCAAACAUGAGUUUAGAGCCGAUUGUAAACUCCAUUCAUUCACAACAGACACCACAACAAGACGUCGACAAAUGUGUUGAUUGUCCGCUAUGUAUGGAAGCGCUGGACUACGACGACCUGGGGUUCUACCCGUGCGGGUGUGGGUAUCAGGUGUGCCGCUUCUGCUGGAACCGUCUCAAGAACGACGAGAACGGCUUGUGUCCGGCGUGUCGACAGCCAUACCCCGACUCUCCCAUACAGUUCUCCACAAUCAGUAUCGAAGCCGUCGAAGAGCUCAAGAAGAAGAAGAAGAAACAGAAAGAGAAGCAAAAACUCAAAGACGCGGCCAAAUCGCAGAACUUGUCGUCCGUACGAGUGGUGCAAAAAAAUCUACUCUUUGUCAUCGGUUUACCACAGCGUCUCUCUCAGGAGGACCUCAGAAAAGAGUUUAUAAAAUACGGAAAGAUAUUAAAAAUGGUUAUAAACCAGUCGUCGGCGUACGUGACGUACUCCCGGCCCGAGGAUGCGGUGGCGGCCAUUAAAUCGCUGAAUGAGACCAACAAUAACACCAACAAAUCAAACCAGAGGUCCGGCAGUAACAGCGCGACUCAGCAACAGCUCCGGGCGUCGUUAGGAACCACCAAAUACUGUACUCAUUGGCUCCGGAGUCAGAGCUGUCCUAAACAACCCGAUUGUAAGCAUUACUUCCCGAUAUAUUUG